UCAGUUAUAAAAAGCAACUAGCGAAGUGUGUUUGUACUAGAUCUACUAACAUCGGCCAAAAGUCUGUCGAGGAACAAGGUUGUUAUAGUGUGCUUUCAAAGUCUAUCUCUUGCACAAUGAAAACUUGGAUUACUUUAGGACUUGUGAAGAGGGCAGGCAAAAAGAAUAGAAACAAAUAUUUUUAUGUAUUCAAAAGGAAAACUCUCAGACUCAGUGGAAUGGGAGUUGGCAACUUGAAGACAGAUUUCAAAGCUGAUUACGUGAGGAAAGUAAGGAAUCCUCUGACAGAAAAGAUCAACUACCUCCAUGCAGUCAAACUUCUCUGUGAGGUUUGCAUGGCCUACUACCUAUGCCACACGUUACCGGAGUUUCUUCAGUUCGACCAAGACGAGGAUCGCGAACUACAUUUUCACUCCAGAUAUGCACUUCAUAUGGUUAAAGCAGACCUGGAAAAACUGCGUUGGAUUAUUUCUAGCUUUCACGACGAUCAUCACACAGCGGAAGAAGUUAGAGCGCGCGCCAGUCGAUACUCUUUCCAAGUUGAAGGCGAGGCAAAGAACACUGAAGCCUGCCCGUGCAGCAAUGCCCUGUACCACCAUUACUUCAGGAAGCUUUGGACUUUGUUAACCAAAGAGAACGCAAAGUUUAGUUCCAUGUAUGCUACCGACUGUACACUUUUACGAAACAAAAGAACUUAUUUUCAAACACUCACUAACUUUAUGAAAACACUUUCUGUAGAAAACCACAAAACGUAUGAGCCUUCAUAGGUUUCUGAACAAAAGACUAUUUAAAUUAAAUAUUUUCUGUGUGAUUAGUUUUAUGCUGAAACCAAGUUUUUAAUCUGUACAUUUUCUUAGAAUAUUAAAAU